CUGACAACAGCAGCAGCAGCAGCAGCAGGACACGCUGUGCUGGACUACUUUAUACAUCUGGGAGAUAUUAUUUUAGGUACCAUUUGGGAAAAGUGAAAAAUAUUCCAAGGUGGACUAACAGCGGAAAAUAAACAAACAUGCUGUGUGUUCGUAAUUCAGGCGAGUGUUUCCGGGACCAGAUGCGGCACAUGAUGCGUUCUCUGCAGGACCUGAAGCAGAUCCGGGAGCCCGACGAUCAAUCCAAAUGCUCCUACGUGACUCGAGCCCAUCAGAAGAGGAUUAAACAGCGAGAGCAGCUCAGUCGCCUGCGGAUCUCUGACGUUAGCGACGCGAGCACCUACGAUUCCGCCUGCUGUCUGGCCAGUCCAUUAGAAGAAGAGGAAGACCAGGAAAAUCAUGCUGAACGUUUGGCUCAACGCUCUCCGAGCAGCGUCAAGAGCCUGGACUUUGAUUCAGGUUAUUCUGAAGCAUCGUGGCAGGAUGAAGGUGUGGUGUUGAGGAGAACCAGGAAUGUUCGCGUUUCGUCGUCUGCAUGCGUUCGCACUAAUCGAAUCCGGCCCAAAUCCACAUCGGACGCAUGUUUGGAGCGUUGGACGUCAUUUGAGGCGAGUGACCCGACAGACUGGACCACGUCUCUGUUAACCAGAGGCCGGAAUAGGCAACCGCUGGUACUGGGGGACAACAGUUUUGCAGAUCUAAUCAAAAACUGGAUGGAUCUUCCUGAAUGUCCUGAUUCUGCAGAGCUGAAGCCCAGUCGCAAACCCGCCUUUUUGGUGAACAUGCGACGGAAAAUCGCAGGCAUUUCUAAAGGACUCGAAGAGAGAAGGUCUGCGGAGGCUAAACGCAUGUCUUGUCCUGUAGGAUUUCAACCUCCAAAACCCUUCUUUCACCAGUCACACACCAGUUUACACCCAAUGGGAACAGACUUUUACCAGUUCAGCUCGGUCAUGAAGUCUGGGAGCCGACAGCCAAUCAUAUGCAAUGAUGUCAUUGGAUACAUCUGAUGCGUGAAAGAUGGACCGGGGGAUUAUUUCAGAAAGUGUCUUAAGUUGUUCUGCUAAUAAAUAUUGCAAUAAAUGGUUUUAUUUAAA